AUGUCGUUCAAAACCGCACCCUCCGUGACCGACGAAGAUGUCGACCCGACGCCGCCGUACGAGGACAGCGUCAUCGACUUCCGCGCGCCCGGCCUGCCCGCCCGCCUCAACGUCGUCUCCGCCACGUGGGGCGGCGUCAACGUGACGGAGGACAUCCGGUCCAUGGUCAUGGCCGACGAGACGCUGGCGCUCGACAUGGUCAACAUCUACUGCGUCCUCAUGCCCGACCCCGUCUUCGGCGUCCAGAAGACGCUGAGCGUGCUGUACCAGUACGAGGGCGCCGACGGCGAGCUGUGUGUGCUCAACGCGCCCGAGCAGGGCCCCGCCCGGAUGCUGAACAUUUACCCGACCGCCCACAAGCUCUCGGCGACGGAGCACAUCCGCGCGCUGGCCCGGCCGUGGACGGCCGGGCCGCACGGCGAGGUCGAGAUCCUAGCCGUGCUCUACGGCCCUGACCGCAUCGAGACCCCCUCGGUGCUGAACGAGCUGGCUCGCUUUUUCGAGGGCCGCCGCGGCCAGAUCCGCAUGACCAACGCCUUCUUCAAGGCCGACCCCUGGCCCAACCACCGCAAGUCGUGGACUGUCUACUUCCGUUUCUUGGACUCCAAGAAGAUCCAGUGCGUCACCGGCAUGGAGGACGGCGCCCUCGAGGUCCCGUGGAGCAGGACCUACUGA